AUGGCCGAUACAACAUCCCACGAUACCGUCGGCGCAUCCACCCUGGCGGCUCCCUACUAUUCCCCGGCCUCGCCAACUCCUUCAGAACAUCCUCCGAUCGAUUCGCCUGACGGUCUUCCGAGCCCAGUCAGCAGCCCUGGGGCGCGAUCUCCGUCUGGCUCACCCCCGUCUACUCGCCAAGCCUCCCUCGAGCGUGCGGCUAGGGAGCUCGAUGCGCGCCUCGCCCAGUACACCGUUGACUUCAGCCAGUUCCCCAGUGGACAUGCGGACGACGGUCUAGAUGAACAACCAGAGGUGGAGGAUGAGGUCGACAGGUUAUCGGCUGUGGGCGGCCCUGAAGAUUUCACUGCGAACUUGGAACGAUACCUGCUCGGAGAAGACGACUCGAUAGACCAGGACAUUGAUGAGGACGAUAAGGACCAGGAGCAGCCACAAGAUGGGGUACAUAGCGAGUUGAAGCUGCCGCAACCGCAUGAACAACAAGAGCGACCAACUACCGGCCAGUCGCAGCAGCCAGCGGUGGAGGAUGAGGCGGAACUGGGCGAAUACAGCGAGUUUGGGCCGCCGGACGACAUGUCCACCCCGUCGCAUCUUUUACGACGUAUGGCCGCUCCCACUAGAGAUGUCACUCAUCUUGAGGACAUCGAGGAAAGUCCAGACGAUGAGCCAGAUCUGGUAGCAACGCCGACGGUUCGAAAGCCGAAAUCACCAGCCAAUAGACCUCUAAAACAGCCAGACGAUGAUUUACGGCGUCAAAUCACGGAGUUGAGACAGGCUGUUCAGGAUCGCGAUGAGCAGUUAGAAAGAAAUCGAGGUCGGCUCCUCGAAGCGGCCUCCGUCGGAGAGGAGCUCAAGCAAUUGCGAGCCGAGCUACAACGAAAGACUUCCCUCUUGGAAGAAAUCCAAGAGUGUCACGCGGAGAAGAUCAUGGCUCGAAGAUCGUCGGUCAACGCGCCUGACUUUAGUGCCCUUCAGAAGCAAAUCGCCGACAUGCAGAAAGACCUACACAACCGCAACUCGCAUGCUGAUAUCGAUGCCGAGCGUCUAGAGACAAUUGCGCUCCUGCGCCAACAACUAUCGCUGACUCAAGAACAGAUUCGGAAACGUGAUGCUGUUCUGGAUGAGACUCUUUCCAGUCUGAAGCAGGUCACCGCAUCUAAAGAGCAGCAGCUCCACGAAAAGAACGCCGAGAUUGACAGACUCCGCGGCCAGGUCGACACCCAGCGCGCGGAAAUUGAUAGGCUCGAAGCGGACGUUUCGCGCGCCCACCGCGAAUACCGGAUUCUUGAAGACCAAAUGGUUCUGCUUGAAACCAAGAACCGGCCACUGGAAGAGAAGAACAGCACCCUUGAGGCUGAUUUAACUCGUGCCCAGUCCCAGGUCACAGCCCAAGAAAACGCCCUCAAAGCCAUGGCAGCAGAUCUACCAUCCGAUGCCCCUGGCGGGACAUAUAGCGAAAUCCUCGAACUGAUCAAAGAUCUUGGCCAGCCGAAUACCAACCGGCCCACGAGGCCCAGAGAUGGCGGCGACCAGGAUCAGGACCAUGACCUUGAACAAAUCUACGAAGAGCUAUCCAAACUCCGCACAGAAUCGAGCGAACGUGCCACCACGAACAAGACUUUGGAAACGCAACUCACUCACGCCCACGAUCAAGCCGCAGAAUCCCAGCUCCUUAUCCAAUCAAUCGAAGCAGAGAACGCCCGUCUUGUCAAGAACACAGAUGAACUCAAAUCAAGCCUGGACAGAGCAGUCGACGACCUUAAUCGCCUCCGCACAGAACAUUCCGAAGCACAAGAGACCAUCGAUCGCCUCCAGGACACUCUACGAACCCAAGCCCAGUCACAAUCCCAGACCCAACAACCCAGUCCCCCCUCAACGCCCCACGCAAACCCAACUAGCUCUCUCGCCACGCUUGAAGCAACGCACAAAGCCCAAAUCACCAACCUCAAAACCACCCACGCAACCGCCCUCUCCACGCUCCGCUCCGCCCACGCCGACUCAACACGCAAACUGCGUGCGCUUCUCUCUGCCUCUGAGAGCCGAGAAGCCGAACUCCGCUCCUUGAUUGAACAACAGGAAGAACAAGAAGAGAAAGAGAACAAAGACGAAGACAACGAGAAAGAUAACCAAAUCACCACUCUCCACGCCGAAAUCCAACGCCUCCACUCUGUCAUCACCACCAAAGAAGAAACAGCCGCCGCGAUGGACCUGCGUAUCGCCAAGUCCGUCGAAAAGCGGGAACGCGAGUGGGAGCGUCGCGUGGAGUUGCUGCUCAAGGAGCGUGAGAAGAUGAGCAGGGCCCUUUUGUGGACUUGGGGAGAGAAGGAGAACCCUACUGCUACUGGUCACAAGGCUAAAGGAGGUGGAAAGGCUGCUGGCAGUGACGGAAAUGAGAAGGAGAAUACUAUUGAAGAUGGUGGGAAGAGACGGCACGGGCACGGGCAGCCGUAUCGGUAUAAGUACGUGAAGAGGACAUGA